AUGGAUUCUAGACGCAACUGCACCGAAAACGACGCACACGGAGAUGGAGAAGUGGAUGGACGCUAUGCGCUCAUCAGAGCCGGGAUUCUCGGUUUGGUCUUUGUGCUCGCAACAUGUGGGAAUCUUUUCUUCUUGGCAACACUUUGGAAGAAACGAAAAAGAAACACCAGGACGCAGCUGUUUCUGCUACACUUGUGUCUGGCGGAUCUGGUGGUGGCGUUUUUCCAAGUGUUGCCGCAGUUUCUUAUUGAAAUUACGCACAGGUUCCGCGGCACGGACUUCCUUUGCCGGUCCAUAAAGUAUCUACAGGUUGUUGGGAUGUUCGCCUCCACGUACAUGAUAGUUGCCAUGACUAUAGACAGAUAUCAUGCAGUAUGUAAGCCGAUGGUUUCCUUUUUAAAGGGGUCAUUUAGGAGGUAUCUGUCCAUCGGAACAGCGUGGCUCAUAUCCCUGGCCUUCAGCACCCCUCAGCUUUUCAUCUUCUCACUACGGGAGGUGGAGGAGAAUCAAUUCGACUGCUGGGCGACAUUUAUUGAACCGUGGGGGAGCCGAAUCUACAUCAGCUGGAUCACUCUGUCUGUGUUUGCCCUGCCUGCUGUCAUCCUACUUCACUGCCAAGUGAGGAUUUGCACCACAAUCUACUUCAACAUGAAGAGGAAGGCGCUGCAGGCAGGGCGCGCGGGCACGAAGGGGGUGUCCAAUGCUAUGCUUAAAACUGUGAAAAUGACAUUUGUGAUUAUACUGGCAUAUACAGUGUGCUGGAGUCCCUUUUUUGUCGUUCAGUUAUGGUCUGCAUGGAGCCCAGAGAGUGCGCCUACCCAAGGUUGGUUCAAAUUACGCAGGACUGCACCCUACAAAGACCAAAUGUGCCCCCUGACCAUUAUGUUUAUAUCCUCACGCUGCAUGCAUUAGAGUAACAUAUUGUAUAUAUUACAUUUGUUAGCCAAUAGAUUUGGAUCUGUUUAAAAACUUAUGUCACUUUCUCCCUCGCAGGUCCAGUGUUUGCCAUCAUCAUGCUCCUGGCCAGUCUCAACAGCUGCACCAACCCCUGGAUUUAUCUCUACUACAGCUGA